AACGUCCAGGAUUGAGCACGUUGGGAUUUAUCAGGCGAGACUAUGCUCGGAUAAGAUUUUUUGCCCAACCUGCCGUCACUUCCAAACAAGACAUUUAGAGAAGAGGAGAUCUCUACUGUUAUGAUUAGCCCAGCUGAUAAAGACGGGAAAUGCGGAGUCGAUGGCGAUAUACACUAGAGAUGAUGGCUGCCUAGCCCACCUAUACAUCUUGAACCAUACUUGACCUCCUAGAUCCCUACAGGUCACACAGCAACGAGGAUCUCCUCAGCAAUGGCUCAAGUUGAGACGAUCAAAUCCACAGGUGCAGAAGCUUCCAACAUCGUGGAGCCUGUCAAUCCUUCUCAGCAUGCAGACACCAACACACAAAGCAGUCCACCUCGUCUCGAGCCGCUUGAGGUAGAGGAAUCGUCACAGAAUGAAGAGAGGGUAUAUCCGACAGGCGUCAAAUUACUGUCUAUCCUGCUCGCAUUAGGACUCAGUCUCAUCCUUACAUCCUUAGAUACCGCUGUUAUUGCCACGGCUAUACCGAGCAUAACAAAUCACUUCAAAACAAUUGCUGAUGUGGGCUGGUAUAGCUCUGGAUACCGGUUGACGUCCUGCUCAUUCCAAUUCAUGUUUGGGAAGCUAUAUACGGUCUUCUCGAUCAAGAAAGUCUUCCUCAUCGCUGUUUGUAUUUUCGAACUUGGUUCUCUGCUCUGCGGCAUUGCGCCGACUUCGGCAGCUUUGAUUUUUGGGCGUGUGAUAUCGGGUCUCGGGGCUGCGGGUAUAAUCUCUGGCGUUUUCACAAUUCUUGCUCAAACAAUUCCUCUUCGGACACGAUCAUUCUAUGCUGCGUCCUUCGCCGCCAUCGAGAUGAUUUCGGACAUUGCAGGGCCACUCGUUGGUGGUGUGCUCACAGAAAAGCUGUCUUGGCGCUGGUGUUUCUACAUCAUUCUUCCCAUGGGAGCGAUUACUUUUCUCUUUGUGCUCAUCUUUUUCGACAAUCCCCGCGUAAACGCCGAUACGUCGCUUCCAUUGAAGGAAAAGGUAUCAAGAUUAGAUCUCUUAAGCUCAGCCAUUUUCGUACCGUCUGUUGUUUGCUUGUUACUGGCUCUUCAAUGGGGUGGUACAAAGUAUGGCUGGACAGAUGUUCGUAUUAUUUGCCUUUUUGUCAUCUUCGCAAUACUGUUGGGCGCGUUCGCUUGGUUACAGAAGCGACGACAGGACAGAGCCAUCUUACCCCCGCGGAUCAUCCUCAGGAGAAGCAUACUCGCGGGCAUGUGGUUCAGCUUCUUCAACAAUGCUGCAUUGAACGUAUUUUAUUUCUAUUUGCCGAUAUACUUCCAGGCCGUCAAACGAGUCUCUGCUGCUAAAUCCGGCAUUAUGACCAUUCCAAUGAUUGGUGCUUCAAUGGUUGCCUUUGUGCUUGGUGGAUCAGGAGUCUCCCUUACUGGAUUUUACACUCCGUUUAUGAUCGCUACGAGCUUGCUAACUCCCAUCUCUGCGGGCCUUUUCACAACACUCAAAAUCAAUGCCCCUCCGGCGGAUUCUAUAGGGUAUCAACUGCUUUUGGGAUUCGGUGGAGCUUUAGGAUUCCAAGCUCCCCAAAUAGCUGCACAGACGAUUCUUGCACAGAGCGAUGUGCCGAUGGGCAUUGCUGUCGUCGUGUUUGCCCAAGCCUUAGGACCGGCACUCUCUGUUCCCCUAGCUCAGACAAUUUUUACCAGUCGUCUAGCCUCGGCGUUGGAGAACGUCAACCCUCCAUUAAAUGCUACCGCGCUGGAUUCCAUGGGUCUUUCAGAUUUAAGUAAAUACAUCAGUAAGGAGGAGAUUGUCAGCGUCCUGGAAGGCUACGACAAGUCUAUAACACAAACAUUCUAUCUUCCGCUAGCCUUGACAUGUCUCACACUCAUCGGAUCUCUGGCAAUGGAGUGGCGCUCGGUCAAGCAAAAGACGAACUGACCUGACGGAUUACACGACUCACAUCUCUCGCAAAAAUACCACUGCGCAUAGUUCAUCAAGCUAAUGCUGAAAUACUUAAUAUUUACAUCAUCAUACGUUCGAAGAGGUGCUAAUCAUGGAAUAUAGCUUUUGACUUGGAAGCCAGGUGGUAGACUCUCUUGAUCAGACAGUAAACCAUUUCACCCAAAAUACCAAGACG